AUGUCUCCCAAUAUACGUCAAAAGCGUAUUCGACAGUUUGACAUCGAAUACUGCAAGUCGUGCCCUGACUACGGUUUGCCUUUGGUGCUAAUGCGCAGUCAUAAGGUUCCUCUGACGCCAAAAGCCCCCGGCCAUGCAGUGCAUAUCAAGUUGAUGCAGACAAUCCACAAUUUGCAUUACAUUUGCCGCGUCUCUGUGCACAAUAUUGCAAAAUGGCUACAAGCAGAUUUUGAGCAAGAGGUUCCUGCUUCUCUCAAGUCUCGCUUGAACGAUGCGCUGCCUAUCUUUGGCAGAAUACUUCUAAGCUUGAAAAAGCAGUUGAGGAAAGAGUUCGGUGUAGAGAACAAUGUCUGCCCAGGUUGCAGAUACGUGGUACUGUAG